AAAAAAUGCAACGUACCGUUGAGUCCAUCAUCAGUAGUGAUAUCAAUUUGAGGUUCCAUAAUGGUUUGAUAGUGCAUGGGAAGUAAAGCCGCUUAAAACUGUGAUUUGACUAGUAAAUAUCGAAUAUCGUUUGAUUGAAUCGCUGUCAAUGUACUCUGGAACCGUAUUUACGUGACCACAUUGCAUAUUCGGCUGUUAAUUCGUUUAGUAAAAUCGAACAACCCAAAAUGGAAGAAACACAAGUUGUAAUCGAGAUGCCACAAGUGGAAUACAAAAUAGACUCAGUUCCGAACACUGAAUCGGAAGAAAUUAUUGAGUAUUGCUUAGAUGCAGCGACCAACAUUACUCAACCCGUUAAAAAUGAUGGAGAUCACGAUGCAUUCAGUGAUGAAGGGAAUGAAAAAGUGCUGACUACCCUUGAAACAAUACAAACGGAUGGCCACGAAGACGAAGAAUCCUUCUCCACAUAUGAAAUCGAGGACUUACCAGUAAAUGAUCAACCGGAAAGUUCUGCAGAACCGGUCACAUCUAAGACCGAUCAACUAUCAGAGAGUGAAAUAGCGCGGCUACAGUUGGAGAGUUUGGGUACACAAAAAGUGGGGCGACCGAAGAAAUCGCAGGUGACGAUUCUUGAUGAAAAGGGAAACAUUUCAUCGAAGAAACUCAGUGAUGCAGACGAAUCACAUACAAAACUGGAAUCAGCAACACCAGUAACAUUACUAAGCUUGGAUACGACGAAUGAGGAGGUUGUGGAAGAAGCGUGUGAAGUUGUUGAAAUUGCCGUAGAAGAAUUAGAUGCAUCAAAUGCGAAUGACGGUGACUGUACCCUUGAAAAUCGAAUAUCUAAUUUGACUGAAUCGCCAAGUACCGGAAUCGAAAUUCCGAAAGAGCUUAUAACCGGUAGUGCCUUAUCUUCGCCAAUGUUUGUGCAAAAUAAUUCAAAACCGCUGCAAAAUGAAGAUCUACUGGCAAUACUUGAAGGAAACGAUGAAUCAUUUGAGGAGCAUAAAUCAACUGAUGCCAGUAUGACGGCUGAAAAGGAGAAGGAGGUCGCACUCAAGCAGAUGAUGAGUCUGCCGGUGAAUCCACGAGGUCGUCGACCGAAUCCCGCAAAGACGAAGAAAAAGGAAACGAAACCGAAAACCAGCAAUUUGGUAAAUGCUUUGGUGUCGGAUUGGAGCGACAACGAUAGCAAGAAGGGAGAAAGUGAAGGCGAAUGUGAAAAACCAAAGCAAACACCAAAGUCCUCAAAGCCAGUGGCGGUAAUAAAUCAGCAAAUCGAUAACGAACGCAGCGAACGCCGCUCCCGCAUUAUAAAAAAGAAAAUCAUAUGGGACCCAGAUGCACCGGAAACUGCUUUUUCGUAUGCAAGUUUGGUGCAGAGUGCGCCAAAGAAACCAAAAAUUGCUCAAACAAAAGCAAAAGAGAAGGAGGCCGAUGUAAUUGAAGAGACUGGUGACGCCCGUAAACGAAAGUCAGAAUCAAUCUCACCGGCGACUGUCAAGAAGAAGAGAGUUGGUGAAAUUGACAAACUGUUGGCCGAUGAGGGAGCAAUUAAUAUUCUGAAUGCACUCAAACACGAGAACAACAAUGCUGAUCUCUCCGAUGCCGACAGCAUUCCAGUGGAAAAGAGCCCCAGUAAGCGAAUAGCGCGUAAAGUAAACACUGAGGCGAAUGAUGUGCCGUCCGCAUCACGCAAUUCUGAAUCAGCCAAGUGUGACACACCAAAUCAAAAAAAUGCACGCAAACCCAAAAAUGCAACUGUUGCGGUCAAAAAGGAACCCAAAAAGCGUGCUCCAAAUAAAUCAAAUGCAUCUGAGUCAUGGGACUACAUUUACAACUCGGGACAUCGCGGCGAUGAUUCAAUGAUUAUCCGUAGAAGAUCGAACAGUUCCUACUCGAGCACGGCAAGCCUACGGCUAAGCAUCGACGGAGCACCGAAUGAAAAUGAAAAAUCGUCGGAAACCAGUGAAAAGACGUUUGAGUUCGCCAAACCGACUGUAAAAAAGAACUCAGCGAGUGAAUUGUCGCCCCAAAGACAGUUGAUAUUAUCGGAUAUGCGUGGAAAGAAGAGUAUAUCAAAAGUGGACGGUGAAAGUGCAGUACGUCGUUCCUCUCGUGCAGCCGUUGUUGAGAGUGUCGAAUCGAACAGCGUUAAAGCAGUUGCCGAACAGCAUAAAAAACAAGAAACACAAUCGAAACGGAAGGUCACAGAGAAAGGCAACGAUACCGCAUACACCGAAAUCAAUAUUAAGAUGCUGAAAAAUUGCGCUCAUAUCGUGUUGGCGCCGAAUGUCAGCGGAAAACUCCGGAAUUCGUUUAGCAUACAGAUGUUGAACGAGGUGACCAGAGCUCUAAAAGAUUUAAGUACAAAUUCAACCGUCCGAGCCGUUCUAAUUUCCUCGAGCAAUGCUUCGUUUUGCAAUGGAAUCGACUUUUCGAAUUUAGUGCAAAACACGGUGGAUAAAAGAAAGCAAUCGGCAACCGAACUAUCUACUGCGUUGAGCGAGUUCAUAUUAUCAAUUGCAAAAUUCCAAAAAAUAUUGAUUGCCGGAGUUCAUGGACAUACGGUUGGCAUAGGUGUAACCAUCCUGCCGUUGUUUGAUAUUAUUUAUGCCACCAAUAAAGCGUCUUUCGCUACGCCUUACGCAAACAUUGGUCAAGUGCCUGAGAACGGAUCCGCCUUCGUUAAAUCAAAUAAACUGUCACAUCGUUUGAAAACCGAACUACUUUACUUGAAUGAGACAGUCAAAGCAGCAGACGCCCUCCAAAAUGGUUUAAUAACAAAGAUUAUCAAUUCCGACGCAUUCGAAUCUGAAAUCGUACAUCAAACGGAACAAAUUGCAAUGCAGUCAUCUCAGUCGAUGGAGGCAACGAAGUCACUAACGCAUGUUGAUGUUAUUGACAAGUUGGACGAUGACUUGGCAAAGGAACAAAAACUACUUAUUCAGCACUGGGCUACAGCAGAAUGUCAGGACAGAUUUAAGAAUUUUCUGUCCAAAGAAAAGUGGCAAAAUUAAUUUUUAAUUUUUCUUUUCGUUUUUGACAAAUAAUUUUAGAUGAUAAUUUGAACUAGCAAUAGGAAUCGUUUAUAUAUAGCGCGCUAACCACGUCGUAGUUGUGUUGACAAACUAAAAAGAAAAGUAAAAUUAAUUUAACUUUGUUAAUGAACACAUUGUGUUUGAAUGAAAUAUUAAACUUAAUUACAAAGUCCUAGGGUUAUAUAUCAUGUUAUCGCAGGACACCUUUUUUUUUUUUUUGGAGAAAGUAAAAACCACAUCAUUUAUAUUUUGAAUAAGAAUCGAUUGUAUUUUGAUUAAAUUUUAUAGUUAUUAAGGAUUGAAAACAAAAAAAUUUUUAUAAAAAAUUAAAUUUAAGUUUAAGUUCAGGUUUUUUAUAAAAGUGCAAUUUAUUCAAGAAAAUAUAUUAGCAUUAUUAUUGAUCGACAAGGUGUGCA